CUCAACGGCUCUCUGCCCCUCUGCGAUGCUCAGUUGCUUUAUGUCAGGCGCCCUUGUCUUUGCCCUCGGGUUUGCAGUCGAUCAUGGACCGCCUGCUGACCUGGUCUUUCAAUCGGGCCUGGCCUCCUUAUUGGGCCUUCAACUCCGACCCGCUUCUCUUGGGCCCAAAGCCCAAGUACGCUCAACUACGCGGCCCAACACUAUGCAAUUUCAAGUGCUACCUAAUCUUUCAAAAUAUGGUGAAAUUUGACAAAGGUCCAUCAGUAAAUGAAAUAGUUUGAAAAUUUUUACAACAGUAAACGAAAUAGUUAGAAUUUUUUUUACACAGGACUGAUUUAUCAGUACACAGUAGUACAGUGACCAUUUUGAUAUUUUACCAUCUAUACGGUUCAAACACGUCAAAUAUGGUCGCCGGCGGCUGGCUGCCAGAAAAGUCGGCCCCUCCAAAUCAAACCGCCUAAUAUAAUCGCCGACAGAACGAAAACGAAGUUCCCCACUAACAUUUCCAUAAAACCGCAAUUGUCAAGAUUCUCUGUCUGAAGAAAAAAGACCCUGUUGAUCUCUUUGACAAAUCGAGAAGCAGCCAGCGCCGGGAAGGAAAUCAAAGUCUGUACAAGAAGGGGGUGGAAGAAGAAAGAAAGAAAAUGGAGGUGUUGAAGGAAGAGGAAGAGUACAACUGGAGGGAAGUAAAGCUGCCAUCUUUGAUCCCGAUUGUGCCAGAACCGGAGUUGGAGAGGGAGAAAGGGGAGAGGAGGAGAGGGCGAGAUAUUGUCAUAGCUAUCGAUCAUGGACCCAACAGCAAGCAUGCCUUCGAUUGGGCUCUCAUCCAUCUCUGCAGGCUUGCUGAUACUCUCCAUCUCGUUCAUGCCGUCUCAAGUGUGAAGAAUGAUGUUGUGUAUGAGAUGACACAAGGGCUUAUGGAGAAGCUUGCCAUUGAGGCAUUUCAGGUCGCUAUGGUGAAGAGUGUGGCUAGGAUAGUUGAAGGAGAUGCAGGCAAAGUAAUUUGUAAGGAAGCAGAAAGGAUUAAGCCUGCAGCUGUGGUGAUGGGUACUAGAGGCAGAAGCUUAGUUCAAAGUGUGCUGCAAGGAAGUGUUAGUGAGUAUUGUUUCCACCACUGCAAAGCCGCACCUGUCACAAUCGUUCCUGGGAAAGAAGCUGGAGACGAAUCAUUGGUAACUUGGAACUAGCCAUUGUUACAUUGAUAAUGAAGAAGAUGGAAAUUAAAGUACAUUUUGAAGCAUUAGAGAACCCUUGAAGCUGUGAGAACUUUGGUGUGAUGAGUUGGUCAAGUGUUCUGUGUUGUGUGUGUGUAUGUAUCAUACUACUAUAUUUUCUUGUUCCUUCGUCAUUGUUGGUCAGAUUGAGAAGAAUAGUUUGAGUACAAGCUUGAAGCACAUUAAGAUUUUAUUUUUUCAUGUAAAAUACAAAAAAAGAAUGGUGAAAUGUUGUGGCUUUGCGGAUCCCAUGCCUCUGCUGUUUGUAAUGACUUUACCAAUUCUGGUUUGGUUUUUGGAAUGAAUCAUCUCAUCUGUUUUCUCUUUAAUCCUCUCAUAUACCAAGAACUUUCCUUGAUUUUCCACACAUGAAUAAUUCUCUCCAAGCCAAACAUCCCCACAAAAGAAAUUGAAAAACUUGCAAGAAACCGAAAUAAGCAACAGUAUCACAG